AUGAAUGGGAGCAGUAAUAUUGUGGAUCGUGUUCUGCAAACAAACAUUUACAUUCAACCGAUACAUUUCGUCCUUGCAGUACUAGCAAAUGCAUUAAACAUCCGCAUUCUGUCUUCUUCUGCACUACGAGCAUCACCAUGUACACAUUAUUUCCUCACUUAUGCGAUAUUAAGUAUAAUCUAUGCGUGUUUACUGUGCCCGAUCCAAUUCGCUCGAAGUUUCUCGGUCAACUUAAUCCAUGACAUGAUUUCUUGUAAACUGCAUGCGUAUUUUCUGUUUGCUAUACCAUUACAAGCGAAUUUGAUGAUUAUAUUAGCAUCGUUCGAUCGUUUUUGUGCAAGCAUACAACUAAAUCGCUUGCAAUCGUUGAAUACAAUAUUAAUAGCAAGACGAAAUAUCGUUCUAUCGAUCCUAUUUUCAUUGUGCUACAUGCUACCGAUGCUGUUUAUCUAUCAUUGGAAUGAUUCUUCGAAAAAGUGCUUUUUACAGAACAAUUUGAUUAUUAAGAUCUACAUAUCCAGUCAAGUGCUGGUUUAUUAUGUUGUUUCGCCAGUUUUGUUAGUUAUUUUUGGUAUUUUGACUAUUUAUAACAUUCACGAACGCUCCACUCGCAUCAAACCGUUGAUUUCCACUGCCGCCCAUCGUCGCACCGAAACUCAGCUAGCUCGUAUGUUAUUCUUACAAGUUCUCGUCCAUUUUAUAUUUAUCCUUCCGUUUGGAAUUUUGUACAGUUUAAAUUCAUUUGUCCCAUCAACAGAAAUACCGAAAAUCAUUGCCAUUCGUUUAAUAUGUGUGACCUGGCAACAAGGUGACUACUUUAUCUCAUUUUUUCUCUACAUUCUCUCAGCAAACAUAUAUCGACAAGAGUUUAUGAGAAUAAUCAACUCGAUGAAUUGUUCAAUCCAUCGACGAACCGAUUAUUUUUCGCCGAGAUUACAAGUUCAAUACGAUAAAAUCGAACUAUCAGUCAAAACGACAUAUUCACUUGCAUAG